AUGAAAGUGAAGCAAGGGUCUUUUCUGUGGUACCUUUACCUGGACAAAAUCUACUGCUUGUUGUCUUUGAGAAAUGUGAAGGCCUUGAUGGAGUAUUUUCACCUUCUGGACGCACACCGAAGGAACACUUUGAAUGAUGUGCUAUUCUUUCAUUUCCUCCACCACGUGACUAACAUGAAAAUCACACAUAUCAAGAUGAUAUUCGACAUGCUGGACUGGACGGCUAUGGGAGAGAUUGGUUUUGACCAGUUCUACGUGCUGGUUUGCAUUGUGCUGUCGCAUCAGAGCCAUCUGGAAGAUCAGUUCAUGUACCGCCAUUCCCGGCCGGUUUUUGACUUGCUUGACUUGAAAGGAGAGUUGAAAAUAGAUGGAACCGAUUUUGAAAUGUACAGAUUUCUCUUCAAUCUUAAAAAGCAGGAACUCCGGGAGCUUUUCCAUGACUUUGACAUCACAGGUGACCGAUUGCUUAAUUACAAGGAAUUUAAGCUGUACACAAUCUUCUGCACUGAAAAAUCCAUUGACAGGAAGAAAAGGAGGAAACAGAGAGAGGAAGAGAGAGAGCGAGAGAAAGGGAAAGAUAAAGAAAAGUAUUAUCAGCAUCUAAAGAAGAUGUAUUCGACUGGGUUGAACCACAGGAGUCGAAGUCUCCUUUGAUAAAGAAGUGAGCAUGACUAAUUAACAUGGCCACAAUGAAGAACACCAAAAUACACAUCUUUAUUUUGCGUAUGUCUGUAUUGUUCGCUUGUUUAUUUAUUUAUCUAUCUAUCUAUUCAUUGAGACAGGGUCUCACAUUGUAGACCUGGUUGGCCUGUAACUGGCUAUGUAGACCAGGCCGGCCUCAAACUCAGAGAUCUUGCCUCCUGAGUGCUAGGAUUUAAUUUAGGUUUGCACCAUUCAUACCCAGUGUCUUUUGAGACAGGGUCUCAAGUAGCCCAGGCUGGACUCAAACCUACUAUCUAGUUGAAGAUGACUGAGCUUCUAAUCCUCCUACCUCUCUCUUCCAAGUGCUGGGAUUACAGGUAUGUG